ACCUUUCUAAAGUUUGAAGGACGUGGGAAUCUUCAAGUGCCUACUGUGUUUUUAUUCGAUUUUCUAAAAUGUUACCAACUUGUGUUAGAUCUAUUGGAAAAAAGACCUUAGACAAUAAAGUUAUAAGCUAAAUACUUAGUAAAAUAUGGCAAAGAAGAUUUUCCUCAAGCUGAAAACUAAUGCAGCAGGCAUAAUCUCCAAGCUCAAUAAUGGGUUUGCUUCUGAAGCUACGUUUGAAACAAAACCCUACAGACUUCAUAAAUUAGAACAAGGUCCUUCAACAAGUGUCUCUAUAAACAGAGAAGAUGCUCUGAAAUAUUUUCAUCAAAUGCAGACAAUUCGUAGGUUAGAAACCAGUGCUGGUAAUUUAUAUAAAGAAAAGAUUGUGAAGGGAUUUUGCCAUCUUUAUUCAGGGCAGGAAGCAGUAGCAGUAGGAAUAAAAAGUGCCCUCCGUCCCCAUGACUCGGUGAUAACUGCAUACAGAGAUCAUGGUUGGUGUUAUUUAUUUGGAGUUAGUGUUGAAGGUGUUCUAACUGAAUUGACAGGUAGAAGAACAGGUUGUGCCAGAGGUAAGGGAGGCUCUAUGCACAUGUACACAGACAACUUUUAUGGUGGCAAUGGAAUUGUGGGUGCUCAGGUACCUUUAGGUGUAGGGUUAGCUUUUGCCGCUAAAUAUAAAGGAACUGAUGGUGUCAGCAUUGCAUUAUACGGAGAUGGAGCCUCCAAUCAAGGGCAGGUUUUCGAAGUCUAUAAUAUUGCCAAAUUGUGGAAUAUUCCUUGCAUUUUUGUUGCUGAAAACAAUGGAUAUGGCAUGGGUACGAGUGCUGAACGAUCUUCCGCCAGUACGGAAUAUUAUUCUCGUGGAGACUACAUUCCAGGAAUCUGGGUAGAUGGUAUGGAUGUACUGGCUGUAAGAGAAGCUUUCAGAUUUGCUGUAGAUUAUUGCAAGAGUGGAAAGGGACCUCUAGUCAUAGAAACUGCCACCUACAGGUAUUCUGGACAUUCAAUGUCAGAUCCAGGAACCAGUUAUAGAACUCGUGAAGAAAUUCAAGAAGUGAGACAAACCAGAGAUCCUAUAACAUCUUUCAAAGAAAAAAUAAUAUCAAGUAAUCUUGUAACUCCGGAAGAACUCAAGAAAAUCGAGGGCGAGAUCAGAACUGUUGUUGAUGAAGCAACGAAAAAAGCCAAAACAGAACCUGAAAUUGGAUUGGAAGAACUCACCGCAGAUAUUUAUGUCAAUAACCUUGAGGGAGACAUAAGAAAUAUAUCUCCAUUCAAUCCUCUCAAGCACAAAAGAAUUGGGCCUGCUGUAAACGAAAAAUGAUAGUGGGAAGAAAUCAACCUCGCAUAGCUAUAGACAUCAUUCUCCAAUAACGCAAAAUUUAUACACUGUUGAUAUUGUGUUCAUUGAAUUGUUGUUUUUUUGAAUCAUAUAUUUAUUUUCAAUUUUAUUGAACCUUUUUUUAUUCGGGAAUAGAACUGUGAGAAAUAACGAGAGUAAUUAUACAUAUAUACUGAGAUUAUUGUAUAUAAGAGGAAAUAAAGUUAUACAAAAGUGUUAA